GAUUAAUUUUAUAUCUCUCCCUCUUUCUUUUAUCUCUUCUUUUCUUGCUUGACUGCAAAGUAUUGAGGUAAUGGGGUGGCUGCAGUUGCAGAAGUGGAGUGUAAUGAGUUUGAGAUUAAAAAAAGAAGCGAAAAAUACAAGCUCCCGCACACACAAGGAGACCCAAUGCAAAUCCUAGAAGAGAGGUUAGGGAUUUGAGGCAAUUGCCAUUGCCAAUGCCGAUGCCGAGGCAAUACUUCAACAUCCACAACCAACACCCGAUGUCGAGGCAAUCUUUCUGCACCCACCACCUCCACCUCCUCUUCUGUAAUCGUAAUCUUCCCCAUUUUCUCCUUCUCCUUCUACUUGCAUCUGCUUGUGCUGUUUCUGCUGCAAAUAAUGAAGCUCUCACACUCUAUUCAUGGCUUCACAGCUCUCCUUCACCGCCUCUGGGUUUCUCAGACUGGAACCCUUUGGCCCCCCAUCCUUGUAACUGGUCUUACAUCACUUGUUCUUCAGAAAACUUCGUUACAGAAAUAAAUGUCCAGUCUCUUCAUUUAGCUCUUCCCUUCCCUUCCAAUCUUUCCUCCCUUGUUUUUCUUAAGAAGUUUACUGUUUCGGAUGCUAACCUGACCGGAACGAUCCCCGCUGAUAUUGGAGACUGCACUGAGCUUACAGUACUGGACGUUGGUUCAAACAGUCUCGUGGGUAGCAUUCCAUCUAGUAUCGGGAAGCUCCAUUAUCUUGAAGACCUCAUUUUAAACUCUAACCAGAUUACUGGGAAGAUCCCGGCAGAGCUUGGUGACUGCACCGGCCUUAAGAGUCUUCUCCUAUAUGAUAAUCAAUUAAGUGGUGAUAUUCCGGUUGAGCUUGGAAAACUGUUGAGUCUAGAAGUUAUACGGGCAGGAGGGAACAGAGACAUCUCAGGGAUAAUCCCGGAUGAGCUUGGAAAUUGUCAGAAUUUGAAGGUGCUUGGUCUUGCUUAUACUAAAAUUUCUGGCUCCAUACCUGUUUCAUUGGGUAAGCUAAGCAAGCUUCAGACGCUAUCAGUGUACACUACAAUGCUAUCUGGUGAGAUACCGCAGGAAUUAGGGAACUGUUCUGAGCUUGUGGAUUUAUUUCUCUAUGAGAACAGUCUCUCGGGUUCACUCCCCCUGCAGCUUGGCAAGCUUCAAAAGCUGGAGAAGAUGUUACUGUGGCAGAACAACCUUGAUGGGACUAUUCCUGAGGAGAUUGGGAACUGCGGAAGCUUGAGGACUCUUGAUCUCUCCUUGAAUUCUUUCUCUGGGAGUAUACCUUUGUCUUUUGGGACCCUCACAAUGCUUGAAGAGCUUAUGCUUAGUAACAAUAAUCUCUCUGGCUCAAUCCCAUCAGGUCUUUCCAAUGCCACCAACCUCCUGCAGUUACAAGUUGAUACUAACCAGAUAUCAGGUCCAAUCCCACAAGAACUUGGGAUGCUGAGGGAUCUCACUGUCUUCUUUGGCUGGGAUAACAAAUUUGAAGGAAGCAUUCCUUCUGCAUUGGCUGGUUGCAGAAGCCUCCAGGCUUUAGAUUUGUCACACAAUUCUCUGACUGGUAGCUUGCCUCCUGGCCUAUUUCAACUUCAAAAUUUGACAAAGCUUCUCUUGAUUUCUAAUGACAUUUCUGGUUCGAUUCCUGUGGAGAUUGGAAAUUGCAGCUCCCUUGUUCGCCUCCGUCUUCAAGACAAUAAAAUCACCGGAGAGAUUCCCAAAGAAGUUGGGUUCCUCACUAACCUCAGUUUCCUCGACCUGUCUCAAAACCGUCUUUCUGGAAGGGUGCCAGAUGAGAUUGGCAAUUGUACUGACUUACAGAUGGUGGACUUAAGCAACAACAGCUUUGUAGGCACUUUGCCCGGUUCUCUUUCUUCUCUCACCAGGCUCCAGGUCUUGGAUGUUUCCAUGAACCAGUUUGAGGGUGAGAUUCCUGGGAGUUUUGGUCAACUUACAGCACUUAAUAGGCUUGUCCUCCGUAGGAACUCCCUCUCCGGUUCUAUCCCUUCAUCGCUUGGCCAAUGCUCAAGUCUUCAGUUGCUUGAUCUUAGCAGUAACGCACUCUCCGGUGGCAUUCCUAAGGAACUUUUCGGGAUUGAGGCUCUUGACAUUGCUCUUAACUUGAGUUGGAAUGCCCUCACUGGGGUAAUCUCACCCCAGAUUUCUGCUCUCAGCAGGCUAUCAAUUCUAGAUCUUUCACACAAUAAGAUUGGUGGAGAUUUGAUGGCACUUUCUGGGCUGGAAAACCUUGUUUCUCUAAACAUCUCUUAUAACAAUUUCAGUGGCUAUCUUCCUGACAACAAGCUGUUCCGGCAGUUAUCAGCAACAGACCUGGCUGGAAACAAAGGACUCUGUUCUUCGAAUCGUGAUUCAUGUUUCGUAAGAAAUCCUGCAGAUGUGGGACUGCCAAACAGCAGCAGUUUUAGGCGGUCACAGAGACUUAAAUUGGCAAUUGCAUUGCUAGUUGCCCUCACUGUUGCAAUGGCAAUUCUUGGGAUGCUUGCAGUUUUUAGAGCUCGGAAAAUGGUCGGAGAUGAUAAUGAUUCGGAGUUGGGAGGGGAUUCCUGGCCUUGGCAGUUCACUCCAUUCCAGAAGCUGAAUUUCUCAGUGGAGCAAGUUCUAACAUGUCUAGUAGAAGCCAAUGUUAUUGGAAAAGGAUGCUCAGGGGUUGUCUACCGUGCAGAAAUGGAAAAUGGGGAAGUCAUUGCAGUGAAGAAGCUCUGGCCAACAACACUGGCUGCAGGGUAUAACUGUCAAGAUGACAGAUUGGGAGUUAAUAAAGGUGUUCGUGAUUCCUUCUCAACUGAGGUAAAAACCCUUGGCUCCAUUCGCCACAAGAACAUUGUUAGGUUCUUGGGUUGCUGUUGGAAUCAAAGCACACGACUCCUCAUGUAUGACUUCAUGCCAAAUGGAAGUUUGGGCAGUCUCCUUCAUGAACGGAGCCGUUGCUGCUUGGAAUGGGACUUGAGGUACCGAAUUGUGUUGGGAUCAGCUCAGGGCCUAUCUUAUUUACACCAUGACUGUGUUCCUCCCAUUGUUCACAGGGACAUCAAGGCCAACAACAUUCUCAUUGGCUUUGAUUUUGAGCCCUAUAUUGCUGAUUUUGGGCUUGCCAAGCUGGUUGAUGAUAGGGAUUAUGCUCGGUCUUCCAAUACUAUUGCUGGUUCCUAUGGUUACAUAGCUCCAGAGUAUGGAUAUAUGAUGAAGAUCACAGAGAAGAGCGAUGUUUAUAGCUAUGGAGUUGUUGUGUUAGAAGUGUUAACAGGGAAGCAACCAAUUGAUCCAACAAUUCCAGAUGGGCUUCACAUUGUAGACUGGGUAAGGCAGAGGAAAGGUCAAAUUGAGGUACUUGAUCCCAGCUUACACUCUAGGCCAGAAUCCGAGCUCGAGGAGAUGAUGCAGACCUUGGGUGUGGCUCUACUCUGUGUGAAUCCUACUCCAGAUGACAGGCCCUCGAUGAAAGAUGUGGCCGCAAUGCUGAAGGAGAUUAGGCAUGAGAGAGAGGAGUCUUUGAAAGUUGACAUGCUUCUCAAGGGAUCUCCAGAAAAUGGUAGACAUGAAGUUAAUAAUUCUGGUGGAGGCCCAUCCGAAAUGAUGCAAUGCUCAUACCCCCAAAGCAAUAAUACAAGCUUUUCUGCAUCCUCACUGCUAUACUCUUCUUCCUGCAAUGCGAAAAUGCCUUUCAAAUAGACAGUUGUGGGCUACCAAAAUACCCAGAAAUUUGUUUCCUCAGUUUCAGAACUUAAUUCUUUUUCCCCUUUAUAUGUAACACAGAAUUUAUAUUGAUAUGCAGAUGAACAUAUGGAACUGGCUAUUCCAGGUGGAUCAUUUAUUACCAAGAAAGCAAGCCUAUAAAUAUAGUCCUAAGAUUGUGUUAGGUGUCAAUGUAAUAUGCUUUGUCUCUUCCAAGAACAUGUGAAAGCCUUGUUCGCAUGAUCAAGUGUUGUGCCUCAAAACAAGAGCUGCAGCAAAUGUGGAUCAUGCUUGGAUAUGAAUUUACUGCAAUCCUUAUUGGGAUUUCAACAA